UGACCAGGGUAAGAGCCAGAGGUGAGGGGCCCUCUGGAGCUUGGGGCCACCCUCUGAGAGGGACUCAGACACCUGGCACAAAAUCCAGGGGCAAGGACCCGCACUUUCAGAGUACAAGAUGCUCCAGUGCUCCAGACUGAAUGCUGCGCCUUGGUAGACGGCUCCUCCUCCAUGAUGCCCGUUCUUGGCGUUUGGUCCCUGGGACCUCCACAGCCCCUCUGCGAUGGCAGUGGAGAGAGUCCGCUGAGUCCGCUGCCGCUGCUGCCACCACCACCAAGUCUCCAUGAAGGCCAGCAUCCAUCCACUAUGUCAUGGCACCCCCAGUACCGGAGCUCCAAGUUCCGGCACGUCUUCGGCAAACCAGCCAGCAAGGAGAAUUGCUACGACUCAGUGCCCAUUACCCGCAGUGUGCACGACAACCAUUUCUGUGCCGUGAACCCCCACUUCAUUGCCGUCGUGACUGAGUGUGCCGGUGGGGGCGCCUUCCUUGUCAUCCCCCUGCACCAGACAGGAAAGUUGGACCCCCACUACCCAAAGGUGUGCGGGCACCGAGGGAACGUCUUGGACAUCAAGUGGAACCCCUUCGAUGACUUUGAGAUCGCUUCCUGUUCUGAAGAUGCCACAAUCAAGAUCUGGGCCAUCCCCAAGCAGCUGCUCUCCAAAAACCUCACAGCCUACAGGAAGGAGCUGGUGGGCCACUCUCGCAGGGUGGGCCUCGUGGAAUGGCACCCCACAGCCGCCAACAUCCUCUUCAGCUCCGGCUAUGACUACAAGGUGAUGGUUUGGAACCUGGAUACGAAGGAGUCAGUCAUCAUGAGUCCUGUGCGGACGAUCACCUGUCAUCAGGAUGUCAUCCUUUCCAUGUCCUUCAACACCAAUGGCAGCCUGCUGGCCACCGCCUGCAAAGACCGCAAGAUUCGGGUCCUCGAUCCCCGAAUGGGGACCGUCCUCCAGGAAGCCAGCUACAAAGGGCAUCGAGCCAACAAGGUACUGUUCCUGGGCAACCUAAAGAAGCUGCUGUCCACAGGCACGUCCCGAUGGAACAACCGGCAGAUGGCUGUGUGGGACCAGGACGACCUCUCUGUGCCUCUCACAGAGGAGGACCUGGACGGCUCCUCAGGAGUGUUGUUUCCCUUCUACGAUGCCGACACCAACAUGCUCUACGUGGUGGGGAAGGGAGACGGCAACAUUCGCUACUACGAGGUAAGCGCCGACAAACCUCACCUGAGCUACUUGACCGAGUAUCGCUCCUAUAACCCGCAAAAGGGAAUCGGUGUCAUGCCAAAGAGGGGUCUCGACGUGUCCGCCUGUGAGAUCUUCCGCUUCUACAAGCUCAUCACCACUAAAAGCCUCAUUGAGCCCGUGUCCAUGAUUGUGCCUCGCCGGUCGGAAUCUUACCAGGAGGACAUCUACCCACCCACGGCAGGGGCCCAGCCCUCACUCACGGCCCAGGAGUGGCUCAGCGGGAUGGACAAGGGGCCUGUCCUGGUGUCCCUUAGACCGGGGUCCCAGAUGCUGAGUCCCCGGGCACUGCCUGCAGAGAGAUCCAUGUCCAACUCUGUGGGCCCAACCCCAGCCCUGGCCCUGGACCGCUCGGAGAAGCUGAGCAUGGUGGACGGCCGGAGGUCCUUUUCCCUGCGGGAGGAGAAGGUGCCCAGGUGGACAGCAGAACACAAGCUGGAGGAGAAGUCCUGGCUCACCAACGGCUUUGACAUUUUCGAAUGCCCCCCACCAAAGACAGAGAAUGAGCUGCUGCAGAUGUUCUACCGGCAACAGGAGGAGAUCCGGAGGCUGCGGGAGUUGGUGACCCAGCGGGAGGUGCAGGCCAAGCAGCUGGAACUAGAGAUCAAAAACUUGCGGAUGAGCUCAGAGCAAUGAGUCGGGGAGACCGCCCUCCUCGCCCUCAGGGACCCCGUACCGCUCCGUGGGGAGGCCCAGGACCAAACUGCAGUCCCCUCUCCCCCCCCGCUCCGAGAACAGCCACUAUUUCUAUAUUUUUUACCAGAAAACGAAAGCUCUUGGUCGCUGAAAGAGAUUCUGAUGGGAUAUGGUGCA